AUGUUCAGCUUCCUGGUGGUUCUGCUGGUCAUUGCUUCCCUGGUGUCCGGUGAGGUUCCCUCCUGGGAACAAACCCUGGGGGAUGGUAGCACUUCCGGACAGGCUGAAAAUAAUCCUCUCUCCACCCGCCAAGGAAGAUUUUUCCCCCUCUUCAGCGUGGUGCGCUUCAAGAACUCCGAGUGCUCCGGAAGUAGCAACAUCAAUGGAACCUGCUUUACCAGAAGAGAGUGCUCGAAUUACGGUGGAACACCCUCGGGUACUUGUGCAAGUAGACUUGGAGUCUGUUGCGUGUUUCAGAAGACUUGCGGGGCAUCGACGAACGUGAACAACACGUACUUCAUCAACCCGAAUUAUCCAACGACGUACAACGGGGGUGAGCGUUGUGCACUUACGGUGUAUCGUUGCAAUCCGGACAUUUGCCAACUGCGUCUAGAUUUCCUCGACUUCAGUUUGUCGCAACCAAAUGUCAACGGGACCUGCGACAACGACUUCAUGUUGGCCACCGGAGGCGCAUCUUCCGUUCCACGAAUUUGCGGAGAAAAUACGAAUCAGCAUGUGUACGUUGACUUCAAUGAGGCCAAUCCAAUCACGAUAUCGAUUGACACGAACGCGGAUUUCUCGUUUGAGAGAAGGUGGAACUUAAGGAUACAGCAAAUACCCUGCGAUUCUCUGUGGCGCGCCCCGAAUGGAUGUCUGCAGUAUUACAGAAGUGUUACCGGCACGGUGAUGAGUUUCAAUUACGGAACUGUAGUAAACCCUAGAGCGCCGAUGCAAGGGACGAGGGAGAUGGCAAAUUUAAGGUACGGAGUGUGCGUAAGAAUGGCUCUGGGGUAUUGCAGUAUCGAAUGGUCACAGUCGGACAAAAAUUCGUUCACCGUUUCUGGAGACACGGGGACUCUCGAUACAACUUAUAUAGGGACCGAAUUUGCCGCCAUGUCUGGUACGGAAUGUGAUAAGGAUUUUGUGAUAGUACCUGAUCCCUAUGCGAAUGGCACAGCUCAGAUCGUCGAUCGGUUUUGUGGUAACGGAUUUACAACAAAAAUUAGCAGCCUUAAACCUUUCGUGCUGUACGUGGUGACUGACGCCGACGAACUACGAGAUUUCCAAAAUCGAGGAUUUGUCCUGAUGUACAGACAAUUAGCAUGCGCUGUAUAAGUCACCGGAAAGAGAAAACGUC